AUGGCGACGCAAACUCCAAGAACAAGAACUUUAAUUUUAGGAUGCGAUUAUACGACAUUUCACCUGUAUUGGCGUUAUUAUUCACAAAAUCCAGAACGAGAAAUCGUUGGUUUUGUACAUUGUUUUCCAAAUCCUCCUCCAAUCAAAGGAUUUAAAGGAAUUUUCAGAUCACCAAUCCCAGUAUAUUCAUUAAGAAGUUUAGAAAGAAUUAUUCAUAAACGACAAGUUCAAAGAUGCGCAAUUCAAACAACAAAUAUCAGUAUGCAAGAUUUACAAUCAAUUAUAAAUCGAAUUUUAGCUACUGGAAUAUGUGGUUUUGAAUUUCUACCCAAGAAAUUAUUAACAGUUCGUACAUUUAAGAGAACAAUCGUAAUUUCGUCAUUAGCACCGAAAGUAGGUAAAUCUCAAUUAGCAAGAUACUUCUGCUCUAUAUUAGCUCGCGAAGGCAAGCGUGUUGCCGUUAUUUAUCCUUUAACAACUAUUAUCUCACAAGAUGACGUCUUAAACAUCGAUGACUGUCCUCAUUUUGAAUUCGACGAAUCAUCAAAGAUACCAGAGAAUAUUUUCAGCGUCGAUGAUGAGUAUCAAAUCAAACAAUAUCAAAAUAGCGGUGCUUACAAGAUAUUUGCGACCAGUGAUACACGCCAAGCCAUUAUAUGUGCCGAGCAGUGUGCAGAUAUUAUCAUUUUAGAUGCAUAUCAAUGCGAUAUUCCAUACAUUGAAUCAGAAUUUCAAUUCUGUGUUGUUUCAAGCGAAUCCCUAUUACGUCCUCGUGUUCUUUCACUUUGGCCAGGCCUUGUGAACGUCCACGAAGCCUCAAAGAAGGUUGUUUUGACCAGAGGACAAACACAUUUACCAAAAUCCCGCAUAGACGAGAUCGACGCCCUUUUCAAAGAAGCGAAAGUCUUCUAUGCCAGCUCCCAGUACGAUUUCGAUGGCGUGGCAACCUCUACGAUCUUUGGCCAAAAAGUCAUGACAAUUGAUUACUCGGAAGACAUUGGUAUUUCCAACCAACUUGCUGUCACAUACGGUGCAUCCGAAAUUGUCACACCUUCUCAGUCGAAUGCCGGCGAAGGAGUCACUGUAAAAGGUAGAACAACGACAGUUUCCAUUCCAAGAGCCGUUUCUCCAUUGCCGAUUCCACAACUUCCUUCACAGACCGAUCUUGCUGUUAACUCAUCGAUGGAAUCCUUCUCUUUCGAAGGCGGCGACUCCUCAGAGUUAUUAAACUACGCAACAGGAUCUUUGCCAUCCCACAUUGUCCCUGUUUCUUCAUUGGAGAUUUCGGAUCCAAAAAGUGACAUCAAUGAUGUUUUGAAUGAAGAAGAAAGUGAAAACGAACCGGAGCAGAACAGAACUGAAUCACCAACCAAUUCCAAUGUAUUGGACGAGAGAAAUGCCGCUUUGAACAAUUUGUCGAGAAUUAUUAAUGAAACUAAAGAUGUUGACGUAAUUAUCUCUUCCAUCAACACUCCCAUUCCUGGAUUAGACCCGACUAAGUUAGUUAUAUACGCAACACCCGAAAUCAACGACUCCGAUGGAAAAUUAUACAAAUGGAUUGUUGAUUUCGCAAAUCCGAAGAGUCCUCCAUUACAGAAACAUUUUGAAGCUCAAGUUGACAUCCUUAUGUCUCUUGCAAGUGCUUCAGAUAAAGAACUUCGCGUUCAAAACAAUGAUUCUUCAAACAGAGAAUCUUUUUGUCGCUUGUUCUUAUCAUCACAUUUACCUCCAGGAUUCAGAGUCACAACAGGCGAAAUCAUUGACUCAAACUCCAAUUUAACAGGUCAAUUGGAUGUUGUCGUUGUCAAUGAUUUAUGUCCUUCAUUGACAAUUGACACAAGUCAAUCUGUUAUUGCUCCAAUCCCCGCUGAUUCCGUUUUGGCUGUUAUAGAAGUCAAAACAACAUUGACUAAUGAUGCUUUGAACAAGGCUUUGAACCAGAUGAGGCCAAUCAAAGCAUUAAUGCCAAGUCAUACAACGCUUUUGACUCCUGAUGGAGGAAUCAUCGAUGAUCCAUUGGGAGGAAAAGUAAUUGCAGGAAUCUUUUCAUUUAAUAUCACUGAUGAAAUAGAAGACCAAGUUCCUGAAUUACUUGAAAAGUAUCCAAACGUUGUGGAUUUCAUUGUUUUGCCUGAUGCUUUCGCGUUCAUCAACGAGAAGACAUUAAAAGUCUGCGGAAUGGAAGUUGGCUCGCAUGAAUUAAUACAUGGAUAUUGUAAAUUUACUGCAAAAGGAAUGGGUUUGGCAAUGAUUUACGGUAUAUUGAACUCGAUUGCAGCUAUUAGAAGGUUUAAUGGCAUGAAUUGCGUGAGAUAUAUCAGUGGUUCUUGGGGUAAUGAGAAAGAUAAGAUGUCUAAGAUAAUUGGACAAGUUUCGACAACAAUCAAUUUGUUGGAUAAAUACUUUACAACAGCAACAACAGAAAGAAAGAACGAAUACUUCAGAAAGAAAGAAGAGUUCAAUAAAAUUGUUGCUGAUUCGCUUGCAAACUAUAAUAAGAGAACACCAAGAAUAUUUCACCCACAGCCUUCUACUCUUCCUCAUUAA